AACUGUGGGUGAUGCUGUCAGUUCAUGUGGCUAACGCUGCUGCUGCUGAUGGUGCUGAUGGUGCUGAGCUGAGCUCCACCUGCUCACAGGAUGAAGAGAUGUGGCAGCUCGAGGACUGCGCGGGUUUCUCACCUGGACUGAUUUCCCGCGGGAUGCUCAGUCACCGUUUGACGGGAAGCAUGACCAUACAUGGAGGCAUUUGAGAGCCACGCGUUCUCUCCACCGCAGGCAGGCAGGUAUUCUCCCACAGCCGGGCGUCGCACCGGGGAGCGGGCAUCACUCCGAGCUGGCCCCGCCGGUGGAAGCUGCUGAUGUAGCAUGACUGCAGGCUGACUGCAUGUCUGUGUCUGAAUAACAGGAGACGUGUGUUUUUGUUUGUGCUGCUGUGAAUGUUAUCACACACACACACACACACACACACACACACACACACAGGAAGAAAGUCUGCAAGUGUCAUCUCACAUUUCACACUGAAAUAGAUCAAACUUCAUGUGCAUGCAUGAGCUGUCAUCAUGUGGACCAGCUCCUCAGACAGAGGACCGACCCAGGACUGCUGUGGACCGAGCCCAGGAUGUGAACCCCGAGGCCAGCUCAGCUCACCUGAACCAGCUCCUCUCCAUCCACCUGUGAGGCACCUGAACGCGGUGUAGCUGGUGUCCGACACGUCGGUGUGUGGUUGUGAAUCAUGACAGGGCUCGUCUGAAGUGACACACAGCCUCACGUGCAGGAUGUGUUAAACCAUCCUGAACACACACACACACACACACACACACACACACACACACUCUCAGCAGAGACCUUAUCUGAGCUUCUCGCAGAUUACUUUCCCUCCUGUCAUCUGGGACACAGACACUUGUGAUCACAUCUUUUAAUUGUGCCGGUGGAUUUAAUCUUUCCCUCGUUUGGCCGGACCUUACCUCCUCAGGGGCCGUCCCCCCUGGUGGUCCACGGACUCCACUUUGAGACUCCUUUUUCCCGCGGAGCUCUUUGGAGUUUGUUGCAGUUUUUUUCUGUCGUCCCACCGAGAAGGAACUUUUUGAACCAUGCACUGAAGCCUGAACUGGAAGCCUUAGCCAAGAGUCAAGUUUACACAGAGUCAGCCAUGCCGAUCAGAAAAAAAGACACAGCUCGGGCUCUGGGGCUUCUGGAGGAGUACUGCACUAAACUGAGGAAACCGGAGGAGCAGCAGCUCAAAACUGCCAUUCAGAGAGUGAUGGGGAUUUUCCAAAGCAACCUGUUCGAGGCUCUUCUCGAUAUCCAGGAGUUCUAUGAAGUGACGCUGCUCAACACGCAGAAGAGCUGCGAACAGAAGCUGGAGGAGGUCAACCACAUGGCCGACAAGUGGGAGAAGAGUGUGUCUGUACAAAACUCUGAGCUCGCACACUCUGCAUGUCCGGUGGAGGAGGAGGAGCAGAGGGAGCAGAGCAGCUCAGAUCACAGCGGGAUGGAGCCAGGAGAGAGCAGCACCAAGACCUCUGUGAACAGGCCACCAGCUGUACAGGGGUCACCCCACAACGGCCAGCCCUCACCCUGCAUGAACCCUGCCUUGAUGAACGCUCCCUGGCAAUACCACUACCAUGAAGACGACUCGCCGCCUCUCGACCAGGGAUUCCCGCGGCUCACCAACGAAGUGCGCGCUCCCGAGCUCGUGCACGUGUCCGAGAAGAACCUGUCUGAGAUCGAGAAUGUGCACGGCUACGUGUCCCAUUCCCACAUUUCUCCUCUCAAGCCUGCACUGGUUACCCGUUUUGAUCUUGCGUACCCGGGUGUGACCACAGCAAACUACAUGGCCAGCCCCGCCCCGAUCAUUGUCAACACAGACACUUUGGAGUCGGUUCCUUAUGUCAACGGCACAGAAAUUGAAUACGAGUUUGAGGAAAUCACUCUGGAGCGGGGUAACUCUGGGUUGGGCUUCAGCAUCGCCGGAGGGACAGAUAACCCGCACAUCGGCGAUGACCCCGGCAUCUUCAUCACCAAGAUCAUUCCUGGAGGAGCCGCGGCAGAGGACGGACGCCUCAGGGUAAACGACUGCAUCCUGCGGGUGAACGACGCCGACGUGUCUGAGGUUUCUCACAGUAAAGCGGUGGAAGCCCUGAAGGUCGCCGGCUCCAUCGUCCGGCUGUACGUGCGGCGCCGCAGGCCGAUGCUGGAAACCAUCAUCGAGAUCAAACUCGUCAAAGGACCAAAAGGGCUCGGCUUCAGUAUUGCAGGUGGAGUUGGGAACCAGCACAUUCCUGGUGACAACAGCAUAUACGUCACAAAGAUCAUCGAUGGCGGGGCAGCACAGAAGGACGGACGGCUACAGGUCGGAGACCGGUUGCUCAUGGUGAACAACUACAGUCUGGAGGAAGUGUCUCACGAAGAGGCCGUGGCCAUUCUGAAGAACACGUCGGACGUCGUCUACCUGAAAGUGGGGAAGCCCACCAAUGUCUACCUGUCAGAUCCCUAUGGGCCUCCUGACAUCACACACUCUUUUUCUCCGGCCAUGGAAAAUCAUAUCUCUUCCCCCGUCAACAGUGGCACUUUGGAGUACAAGUCUGGUCUCCCCCCCAUCUCCCCCGGGAGUUACUCCCCCCUCCCUAAGCACUUACUGGGGGAAGAGGAUAUAAACAGGUUGGAUGGUUUUUCCUUCUUACGAAAUCCUUCGCUAGACGACGGGGAGGGUCACAGGUUUGAUUCCCAGCACUUCCAGUUGAGGCCUCCUGAGCCAGUUUACAGCACUGUGAACAAACUCUGUGACAAAGCACCCUCCCCCCGACACUAUUCCCCCGUGGAGUGCGACAAAAGCCUCCUCCACUCCGCCCCCAUCCCAAACUAUCACUUAAGCCUGUUCCCUGACUCGGACAUCACCAGGGAACCCAGGAAGGUCGUCCUCCACAAAGGCUCCACGGGCCUGGGCUUCAACAUCGUGGGCGGUGAAGACGGCGAGGGCAUCUUCGUCUCCUUCAUCCUGGCAGGAGGGCCCGCUGACCUGAGCGGGGAGCUGAGGCGAGGAGACCAGAUCCUAUCGGUGAACGGCAUCGACCUACGAGGAGCGACGCACGAACAAGCAGCAGCAGCUCUGAAAGGAGCCGGACAGGUGGUCACCAUCAUCGCCCAGUACAGACCCGAAGAACUUGCUCUAUGCUCACCACGACGGGCCCACUCUCCUGCACCAGAGUACGGGCGUUUCGAGGCCAAAAUCCACGACCUGCGGGAACAGAUGAUGAACCACAGCAUGAGCUCUGGGUCAGGAUCCCUGCGAACUAAUCAGAAGAGAUCGCUCUACGUGAGGGCGCUGUUCGACUACGAGAGGGCAAAGGACAGCGGUCUCCCCAGCCAAGGUCUCAGCUUCAGGUACGGAGACAUCCUCCACGUCAUCAACGCCUCGGACGAUGAGUGGUGGCAGGCCCGGCGCGUCACCCCGCACGGGGACAGCGAGGAGAUGGGUGUCAUCCCCAGCAAGAGACGGGUGGAGAGGAAAGAGCGGGCGCGUCUAAAGACCGUCAAGUUCAACGCCAAGCCGGGCUCGUUUGACUCCAAAGCGUCAUUCAAUGACAAACGUAAAAAGAAUUUCAUCUUUACGCGAAAGUUCCCGUUCUACAAGAACAAAGAGGGUGAGCAGGAUGGCAGUGAUUCAGACCGGAGUCAAGAGGACGUGAUUCUCUCGUAUGAACCUGUGCUGCGGCAAGAAAUUAAUUAUGCCAGACCCGUCAUAAUCCUCGGACCAAUGAAGGACCGGAUCAACGAUGAUCUGAUAUCAGAGUUCCCGGACAAGUUUGGGUCGUGUGUGCCACAUACCACUCGGCAGAAGAGGGACUACGAGGUGGACGGGCGAGACUACCACUUUGUGAUGUCCAGAGAGCAGAUGGAGAAGGACAUCCAAGAGCACAAGUUCAUCGAGGCGGGACAGUACAACGAUAAUCUGUACGGGACGAGCGUCCAGUCUGUCAAAUACGUGGCUGAAAGGGGUAAACACUGCAUUCUGGAUGUGUCUGGAAAUGCCAUCAAACGACUACAAGUAGCACAACUCUAUCCCAUCGCCAUCUUCAUUAAACCUAGAUCUAUUGAUUCAUUAAUGGACAUGAACAAGAGACUGACAGAGGAUCAAGCCAGGAAGACGUUCGACAGGGCGAUGAAGCUGGAGCAGGAGUUUGGUGAAUUCUUCACAGCUCUGGUUCAAGGAGACACCUUAGAGGACAUUUAUAACCACUGCAAACAGGUCAUAGAGGAACAUUCAGGACCCUAUAUCUGGAUCCCCUCGAAGGAGAAACUAUAAUAACUCAUCACCCUGGAAGGGAGUCUGGACUGCUAGAAACUAGUAAUAAGUUGUAACAUAUGAUAACUGUAUGGCGAUGAAUAGUCUUCAUAAAUAAUUAUUGUGAAUAUGUUUUUUGGGUUUUUCUUUUGUUUGUUUUUUUAUUUUCUCUUCCCUUUCUUUUGGUUAUUGCUUCAUUUUUCACUCAACAUGAAUGUUCCUGAAUGUAAACCACCAAGUGUUAGAAAACGUAGGUCUUGAAACAUGAACCGUUUGUACAUUUGUUCAUUUAUUUUUAUUUUUUUUGUUCUUUUUAAGUUGAACAAAAAGGAAAAAGAAAUGUACUGAAAACAAAAUAAAUCUGGGGUGUGUGUCAAAAACAGGAAACCCGGCGACGGCGUUAAAGAGCGUGCAGAUUUCUUUUGGCUUCGCUAACGUAGGAAGGAGCGUAGGUUCUCCGACUGUGACGCCCUCGCCCUCCCGUCACGCUGCAGCAGCAAACACUCACAUGAAGUUUGAUGUUCGGUCUGAUUUUGUGCGACACGGCUUCGCUUUGUGUUUGUUUACAUCGUGAUUUCCUCCUUCUUGAAUUAUUGUAUUUAUUUCUCUGACGUGACACCGAGGACGUGCGAGGAACAUGAAUUAUUCACUGUUUUUAUUUUUAUUUUUUUAUUAUUAUGAUUAUUUAAAAGCAGACACUUCUCAUCCAGCUGUUGCAUUGACAAUGAGACGUAAAGGGAGGAAGCUGCUAUCGGCAACAGAGAUGUAACACUAUAUUUUGCUACUUAAAUUGCUAGAGGGCACAAAAGCACAGAAUUAUUUAUUAUUGAAAAUAUAACUUUGAUUAAAAGGUCAUUUACAGAGCAUAUUUUAUUUGAGUGAUGUAGUAUGUUGUGACUGUGUUAGGGUGGAUGGAAACAUUAAGGCGGAGGAGACAUUUGAUGUUCGUGAUGUUUUGUAGACUUGGAGUGGAGAGGGUGGUCAAAAUAUUGAAAUAUUAAAUUUAAUUCUGAAACAUAUUUUUGUCUUUUCAAACUAAUAGCAGGACAGUGAGGAAUAGGAAUAAAAAUAAAGGACCGAUACUUUUUAAAAGUAUAAAUAUGGUAGAAAAGGUCAAAUCAGAUAUUAAUAUUUGUAACAACAUUGCAGAGUUAUUAAGAGUUUAAAAGUUUAGUUACUUUACUUUGAAAGGACUCAGACUGAAAAAGGUUUGACAGUGAUGGAUCUGUGGUUUCAAAGGUUGGACCCUGACCCAGAGACCUGAGCCAGCGCUCUGGUUUAUAUGUAACUUAUUUACAUUUCCCUGCUGAGCUGCAGCAGACGGAAAGUAACCCAAAAAAAAGAAUUUUGUACUAAAAAGUGUAACUUUUCUAAUCUUUGUCCCCCCGUCACGUCUAUUGGAAGCUCAAGGAAGAGAUCAGGAGGACCGAAGUUAUCAAAGAGGCAACAAUGUGAACCUCUCCUUUAAUUAUUAGACGAUUACAAAUUUCUCCUGCCUCUGGUUCAAACAGGAAGAUGUUUAAAUAGCUACAAUCAUGGCUUACCUUUUAAAUAUUCAGCAGAACACCUGACAAGGUAACAAAGACCGUCCUGAAUCAGCUCCAGAGAGUCAGGAGUAAAAAACGCUUCACCGAUCCAGCACGAUACAAAUAUUUCCACUAUGUAUAGUUUACUCACCGGUGGCUUGCCUUGUUUGAAAGGGCAUACAAUAUAGUACCUCGCUUUGUUAGAAAAAAAAACCUAAAAUAAAUAUCCAUUAUGUACUUUAAGCACUUGGAAUGACUAAUGCAUCUACCAGUGUGACGAUGAGCUUCCCGUUCCCCUUAACUGCAACGCCAUUGGUCGUUAGAUCCCCAUGACAACAAUUUGUGAGUGAUAUAUAUACUUAUAUAUAUAUAUAUAUAUUCUAGUAUUCCUGCUCUUUGAUUUAGACAGCAUGUUUCACCCAACCUGUUAUCAAGUAAAUAUAGUCGUGACAUUAAAUGCAGGUAUGUUUCUAAUCAAUGGGACAUUUCAAAAGUGCACUUAUUCAUUGUUUUUGACAAAUAGGCACUGUAUGAUACCAGUAAUUAAUACCAUUUUUAAAGCAAGUAUAUAUAAAAACAACUUCCACUGAUUUAUUGUUGUGCGACGGCGCAGUGAACCCCGAGAAGACUGAACCCUGUUUGACCUGUUUGAAUGGACCACAUACUGUACCCAGAGUAGCUGAUUAAGCAUUUAAAAAAAAAAAAAACAUGCCACGCCAUUUCUGAAACAGGUGUGUACUUUGAAGAUGAAAAAUGAUGUUUUUAUGUACAGAUAGGAUCGUGUGUCUCUCGUCCCUCGGCAUCGAUUGGUUGAGAUUUUCAGCACUGAUGUGCGUGAGUCAACACAAGCGUUUCCUUUUAUUUCUUUUGCAAUAUGUUUCAAGACACCUGCCGUCAUUCUUUUGCAGAUUUUCCAUAACGUAUUGGUCACCACUUGCCUUAACAGAGAAGGUUUACUGUAUAUCAGAAAAUUCAAUCUUAUAAAUGUACUUUUCCUUUGAGAAUAGAACAUUUUAUUUAAUCCUCCUUCACAUCUAAACUCAAGUGAAAGAAGGCUGAAUCAAAUCUAAGGUCAAUGUCAUUCUACUGAGGGUGUUGACGCCUUGUACUGAUAAAGUUAAAAGGCCGAUGAGAUAUUUUAUAUUAUGUAAUUUUAUCUUUAAAAAAAAGAAAAGAGCAUUUCUGUGGCGACUGGAAAAACAUUUUAAAAUGGUUGAUGAGGAGACGCCUCAAUAUUUUGACCCUUGUCUUUCCGAAAGUGUUACUGGCCAGCGAUAUGAUGAGAUGUAAAAGAAAAUAUAUCUUCAUACUGGCUUGAUAUUAACGCUAAACCUAAUACAGUACUUCCAAAGUCAUUGUGAACAUUGUAACACAUGAUAUUACAUGAUACAGGCCGGUGGGGAUUUGUGUGUGGAAAUGUAAAGGAUGUUGACCUAUGCAUGUUGCAACAGUCUUCUGUUUCCUGUGGAUGUGCAAUAUUCAACACGACUGAAGCAUUGGGGUACUUGCUGUGUUUUAAGACAUGAUCAAACUGCAGAUUUGAAUCAUUCAAUCAGACUUGUGUCUAUUUUAAACUUAAAUAAAAACACUGUUGUAAGA